UUGAAUCUGGAUAUAACUAAUAUAAGCUGUUGUGUAAUUCUAAACUGGACUGAUAGUUUCACCUGUGUCGGUCAAGCAACAAAAGGAAACGCCACGGAUAGUUUAGAAUCGUCUAUAAACCGAACCCACGUGACAGCGUCCGUCUGUAAACUUAUCCCACAGCUGUUAUCAUAUGUCAAUCAAUACACUUUAACCAAAGGCAGAAAUUUCCACGUGGACCAAUAUAUAGGAAAUGAUAUAACAGACGAGCUCAAACUGUAAGGCCAGCGCAAUACAUCUCAAGAGUAAACGCUGAAUACAGAGCCUUCAUCACAUGCUCGCCAACACAUACUGAAAAAAAUAGACAUCUUCAUUAGAAAUCCAGCGAGAAUUGUUUAUCACAACUGAUAACGUAAUCACAUUGGUACAGGUAAUACCGAUAUAAAAUUGUGAAAAACGAACACCACAUCAAGUGAAAAAAUGUUGAUCUCGAUUUAAGACGUCAUCACGCAGAUGCCAGUUAUAAUCGCUGAUAAAAAAAAUCGAAACCGAUAUCAACUGCGCAUAAUAGACGACUCAAUGCAGAAAGCGCAUGUAUAUGCAAAUUUGCUAAAAAUAUUCGUGCAUGAUACUAUAUGAAAAAUACGUGAGCAUUCUGAUGGGAAGAAAAUUGCAAAGGUACGUCAUUUUCAUGAAGAGUGAAUCUGUGGAUUUGGUUUGACGUCACAAUGCUGACUAAGUGAUCGAAGAGGCAAUGAUACCGGAGCAAGCCUUUAUUGGCUCUAGGGGGCGUGACAAACCAUCACAGCACGUAUACAGUGUGUCUAGAUAAGAGUAUACGGCGCCUAGUGUGAAGGUGUCUAACAGAAGGUCAUGACAGUGCAAGGACUAUAGGAACAAUGAAGAACUGACGAGUGAAAUCUAAACACACUUUGAACAAACCAGUCCCUUGUAUAUUAGUGUUUUAACAGAAGAUCUCAACGGCGUAAGGAUUUCAGAUAAUAUGAAACAAUUACAAAUGAAUGCUGAAUAAUUUUGAAGGAAUCACCCUUAAACGUUUUCAGUGUAAGGGUGUUUGACAAACAAUUCCAUAUGAAUACUGAAUGAUUUUGGAGGAACGAAGUUUGACAAACAGUCACAUAGCUGCAAGGAUUUGGCCUAGUGUAACGGAGUUUUACAGUCUGUCACAUAGCUGUAAGGAUUUGGCCUAGUGUAACGGAGUUUAACAGACUGUCACAUAGCUGUAAGGAUUUGGCCUAGUGUAACGGAGUUAUGCAAUGCGUUUCUGAUUAUAUAAAACAAUCCCAAAUGAAAACUCUAUAGUGUUGGAGGAGUCACGAAGGAAGGUUUAUAUUAAAACCUUAUGUAACGGAGUUUGACAGGCGGUCACAAUCCUACCAACACUGUGAAAUUUUGGAAGAAUCGCCCAUGGAUGUUUACAUUUCCUUUUAAUAAUCAAGUGUAUGUGUUUCCAACAUUUUCCUGGCAUUGAACUUUAAGAAAUGUCACCCUAACCAUGUACUUAGUGACAACAGUCGUGUGUAUGUCAUCAAGUGAAACACCGAUAACCUCUUACUGUAUUGUAAACACAUACGUGUAUGUAGCCGGAAGUUGUCAUCGCACGUUUGUCGCUUGUCCUUUCAAUCCCUACGCAUACUUUUAAAGUGAAUACCAUAAGUAACGAUUGACGCUGGUCGUAAGAACCAUCCGCAAUGACAACAAUACCAGGAAGACAUGUGUUAUUUCGUUACGUCAACUCUAACCAAGAGACAUUUGGCAGUGUUACCCAAAACUGAUCGUAGACCUAACGUGAGACCGAGGUGCUAUCCAAUUAACGAUCAAAACCUACACAAAAUAUAGUAUUGUCAUAACAGUAUAAACUUGACCAAAGAAAGGCCAGGCAAUCCGGUUCCUUCGUAUAUUCAUAAAGGCAAAAUAGCAGUGUCUUUGUGAUCAUUUUUACGUUCGGUAGUAACGUGCGAAAAUCUACCAUCGAAUUUUCUUAUGGGAAUAAAUAUAAAGAAUCAGUGUUAUUCCAUUAAAUAAUGACAAAUUUUGGGAAACCAUUUAUUGGAAAGGCAUUCACACACUUAACGGUUACCGGUACGUGUUGGCAAUGUACAUGUGAAAGUCGUUGGGUCGGAGUAUUCUACUGUGUGCUAUGAUCACUUUAGACUUUGCCCGUUAAAGAGCACCUAAUGCGAUGGUAUUAUAUUAUGCCUGGAAAUAUAAUACAUGGAGAUAUUAUGUGAUUAUGCGUUAUGUUGGGAGAAAAAUGAUCAAAUAGCGAUGCUACAUUAGGAAGCUACUUUGAAAUAUAUGUCUUACUUCUGAGUCAGCAUGCUGUAUUUUCUCAUUUUGGAAACCUAAUUACUUAGAAAUGUUACAAUCUGUGACAAAGAGGGAUUAUAAAAACUAGUCAUGCCAUACACGAACUGUAAUCUGACAGAGAGUGCGGACUGCGAACGAGAUGUCAAUGUAGGUAUCUCCGUGAUGGCUCUGUGUCUAGGAGUCAUUUUAGCCCUGUCGGUCGCAGCCAACGGGAUGGUAUGCUUCGUCUUUUACCGGAAGUCCAAUCUCUUAAGCAUCUCGAACAGCUUCGUUCUGAACCUGUCCUGCUCGGAGCUGGCGCUGUCCGUUUUGGUAUUGCCGUUCACCUUGACCUCCGUCUUCUCCUCGUCAGGUUGGAUAUUCAACGACAUUUGGUGCAAAAUUCAAGGAUUCAUCUUUAGUGUGUGUGUGUUCUCCAUACAGUUUUCCUUGAUGGUUAUCUCCCUUGACAGGAAUUAUGCCAUUAUAAACUCGCUUCGUUAUGUGAAUGUCUUUACACAGAAACUUGCUAAUAUACUGAUAGCCAUGUGCUGGUUGUUGAGUGUAGUGUUAGCGUCUCUGCCGUUGUUAAACUGGGGUUCGUAUGACUACAUACCAAACCAAUACACGUGUGCAAUAAACUGGGAGGUGUCUAGUGAGUUUCUCACCACAGUGUGUAUAUUAGUAUUCCUUCUCCCUCUCCUUGUCCAGGCAAUCUGCUAUCUGAGCAUUUUCAAAGCGGCGAUCAGCCACACAAAACGGUCGAGUCGAGUGUAUCCUUCAAUGCAAACGAGUUCUAUUAGAGGACUUACAAGUUCGGUCCAAGAUCCGCCGAGUGAUUCAUCGGAUAUUAGUGACGUUUCACAAAACGUUCAGGUGAAAUAUCAAAAUAUGGAGUGCAAGGCAGUGCGAACGAUCCUGCUGAUUGCUUUUACAUAUGCUAUUUGUUGGGUUCCAUAUAUGACGGUGUCGUUUUUAAGGCUCAGAUCAGUCACCAUAGUGUCCUACAGCGAUUCGCUCGCUGUCUGUUUUCUCUUCCUGACUGGGGUAAUCAACCCUGUUAUAUAUGUAUUCAUGAAUAGGGUAAUGCGAUUCGAGAUAAAUAAGUUUUUCUGUGGACCUAGUGGGAGAGAUUCGAGAAAAUCAAGCUCUGGCGAUGACAACGAUGACUUCUAUUCAACGACGACGAUGAGUGUAUCGAUACCAAAGACAACGACGACAUCGUCCUCUUCGAACAGUUGUCAAACUAGGUCAGGCGGAAAGAGCAGGAGGAUAGAAAUGAAAACUAUAAAAGAAGAGGAGGUAGAACUAGAAAAUGUUUUCAAACCCGGUCAAUUCCCUAAAAAGGCGGAAAACCCGUCGGAAGAAAUUGUAAAGGUUUCCGUGGAUAAAGAGGAACAAAAACCAGAAUUAUUUCUGAACCCUACUGAUUUAUAUCUUCAGAGAAAACGGAUACGAACAAAGCGUGAGCGGAUGAUGUCUAUACGCGAGGAGGCGUCAAUACCUAUCCAGGAGACACUCGAAUCUCCUGAAUGGCAGUACUUAGAGGACUUGGACCUGGCAUGGAAUCCUGCCAUCUCGAAAGAUUCACAGAUUCAGUACAGACGUCGUCGAUCGCGAAUAAAUUCCUUAGGGGCCAGGAAAGACGAAACAUUUUCUAGGAAAAAUCGAGAUAGUGGAUCAUUCCUGUAUUUUGAACAUUUUAGUCCAAGCAAGGGACAACAUGGACAGAAUCGCCGAUCAGGGCGCGGCCUAUCGGUCGAUGAAGCAUUAUUUAGGUUCGACAAUUUUCCUCGGAGUAAACAAAACAGACAUCACAGCCUCUAUGAGGGUAUGCAAACUUCGAUAACUGUACCAAUGCCAGAUUUAGAAUCCUGUCGUCCACACGUUUCUGAUCACGCACAAAACGGUAAUGCCGGUUCUUCGGUCGAGUUAGGUCGAGAAUGCAAUACUGGUUCAGAUCCUGAACUCAACCGGAAGACACCGUCAACAUCAAAUCACGUGACACAGACAUCAAUCAAAGAUGGUAACUCAACGCAUCUUAUACAUGUGUCUCCACAACCAAAGCGAAAUUGUUUGUCUGCUUAAACCUAUUAACUUGUCAUUUUCUAUCAAACAAUAAAAGUAUCGGAUUUUUUAAUGAAACAGGCAGCCACUUGUUUUUAAUCAAGUGUUUAUUUUGGGUAACCAAUGUAAUUUGAAAUCACAGUCUUAAGGUAAAUGUCAUGUAGAGUAGAAGUCUGGGGUGUAUUACCUACUAGUUUAAGGUAAUCCUUCUCCAGAUAUACAUUAAACGUACAAAUGUGUCUCGUUUUUAUGAUGCAUUUAAGAUAAUGAAUUUACCACUGCAAGUUUUAUUUUUACCUCCAAAUGGUAUGUCUCCCUGCCUAAAAAAUAAAAUAGUGAUACAAAAUUAAAUUUCGUUAUAUUUACUGGACAGCGCCUUCAUUAACGAGGUCAACUUUUUGUGUUCUUUUGUUCUUAACAAAAAUCAACAGUGUUUUCAUUUCCCUCAGCAUUGUAGAGACAUAUAAGUCUAUUUAUUUUUCAGAAGAACAGCCAACUUAUGAGGUUCAAUUUUCGCGCGUUUGUGCAGUUUCUUUAUUCGUGAAGCCAUAUACAUUAUUCGGCCUCCGUUUCUCUGCUCAAUCACUUUAAUAAAUCUUAAAUAAAUUCCGAUGUUUUGGAUGGACUAUGGAAAUUAAAAACCG